UACAGCGUGAGUCACCGGGAGGCGGAGGAGGUGGAGGAAAAGGAGAAGGAGUGCACUAGCCGGGAUCAGUGCGGCGCACACACUCAUAUUCAGUCACUCUCUCUCUCUGAGCGCGUCUCGCUCGCUCACACGCCUGGAGCCCCAGGAGCGCGCAGGAUUCCGAGCGGCGCGGAAAAGUUGUACCGGCUUUUACUCCAGACUAAUUGCUUUGGGAAGUGCGUUUGCUCGGUGAAGUCAACGAGCCUGCGGAAUCCUGUCCUCGAGGCUCAACACCCGGGAACUCCGGCCGCCUCCACGUCCCGGACUAUCCACAGCUUCGGCAACAAUAGCGGCGGCCACCGCCAGCGAGGCGCCCAGACCCGGUGCCUGCGGGGGUCUGGAGACCUUAGCCGGUCUCCCACACUUGGACGCGUGGCCAGCGUGGUUCUGGUUUACAACGCCAGCGUCCUGGAACGGCUCCUCUUAGGGACCGAUCCAAGCUCUAUCUGCAAACUCCAUCCCGCCGACUGGAAGAGGUCGCAGCGCGGAUCCAGGGAUUUACAAAGCCGGGGCCGCUCCGGCCAGGGCCGCGAUGCGGGUCGGUCCCGUGCGUUUUGCCCUGAGCGGCGCCUCGCAGCCCCGCGGUCCGGGUCUACUGUUCCCGGCUGCCCGGGGCACCCCUGCCAAACGCCUGCUCGACACGGACGACGCGGCGGCCGUGGCGGCCAAGUGUCCGCGCCUCUCCGAGUGCUCGAGUCCCCCCGACUACCUCAGUCCCCCUGGCUCGCCCUGCAGCCCUCAGCCUCCGCCCUCCACGCAGGGGACCGGCGGCAGCUGUGUGAACGCACCCGGGCCCAGCCGAAUCGCCGACUACCUGCUGCUACCCCUAGCUGAGCGCGAGCAUGUGUCCCGGGCACUGUGCAUCCACACCGGCCGCGAACUGCGCUGCAAGGAGUUCCCCAUUAAACACUACCAGGACAAAAUCAGGCCUUACAUCCAGCUGCCGUCCCAUAGCAACAUCACUGGCAUCGUGGAGGUGCUCCUUGGCGAGAGCAAGGCCUACGUCUUCUUCGAGAAGGACUUUGGAGACAUGCACUCCUAUGUGCGGAGCCGGAAACGGCUUCGGGAAGAGGAGGCCGCUCGGCUCUUCAAGCAGAUUGUUUCCGCUGUUGCCCACUGCCACCAGUCGGCUAUUGUGCUGGGGGACCUGAAGCUCAGGAAAUUCGUCUUCUCCACGGAGGAGAGAACCCAGCUUAGACUGGAAAGCCUGGAAGAUACCCACAUCAUUAAGGGUGAAGAUGAUGCGCUGUCAGAUAAACAUGGCUGCCCAGCCUACGUGAGCCCUGAGAUCCUCAACACUACUGGGACCUACUCCGGAAAGGCAGCGGACGUCUGGAGCCUUGGGGUGAUGCUCUACACGCUUUUAGUCGGACGAUAUCCCUUUCAUGAUUCAGACCCGAGUGCCCUUUUUUCCAAAAUCCGCCGUGGACAGUUCUGCAUUCCUGAGCACGUUUCCCCCAAAGCCAGGUGCCUCAUCCGAAGCCUCCUGAGACGAGAACCUUCCGAGAGACUCACAGCUCCUGAGAUCUUACUCCAUCCCUGGUUCCAAUACGUUUUGGAACCGGGCUAUGUUGACUCGGAAAUAGGAACUUCAGACCAGAUUGUUCCUGAUUUCCAGGAGGACAGUGACUUUAGUUCCUUCUUCUGCUAAUCCCCCCCCCCCAAAAAAAAAAAACCUCAGAAACCUCAUCAUUCUCACACCUGGCAUUUCUAAUGACGGGCAGGCCCUCUUCCGUGGUGCCAGCCAGAUUUAGGGACGGAGCACCAUUGUUCCUGUGGGGCCUCAAGGUGGUGUCGUCUCUCUGGGCUGAGUGACUUGAUUUGACCAGCAUGCACUCAGAUUAGCUGCUCGACAGAGGUGUCCCCUUUUCUAUGAACCAUCAUGACUGGCCCAGUGUCGGAUGCAAGGGCACCCCGUGCUUUGACGCUAACGGGCAUCCCACGUGGUCGGGUAUAGUGAACUUGAACAUUUGAAUGGGAAGGAAGCACUUCGCACAGUGGCAUUUGAACAAGGUGGCAAUCGGUUGGAGCAACGAACUCCCCUUGCUGCUGCAGUUUCUCCUACCAGAAGUUUUUCUUUUCUUUUUUUAACCCUUACUUUCGCUGCAAACUCACCCAUAACUCUGUUCCUGUGUUGGAACAGAUGGAGUGAGAAACCCUACAGCCUGUUCGAACCCAGACUCUCCCUGAGAGCCAGGGCCUCUAUGCAAUAAUGCCCCCCCCCCACUCCCCACUCCCCACCCUCCACCCCCCACCCCCCACUCCACGGGACCUGUCCCCUGCAGCUAUGAAAGCAGUCACCAGCUAAUUGUGGAAAAGUAUUGGGAGAUUCAAAUUCUUGGCUGUUUUAGAACUCUUGAGCUCAGUCAGGCAUCGAUGAUUUUAAAGAAAUUAAUUUGAUCAUGUGGAGUCUGUUAGCCUCUUAAGGCUCUCCUCGAAUAUGGCAGCAUUUGGCCGGCACUCCCUACGCCCACCGUUAGGACCAUCUCCGGGUGGAACAUUUGUGUGUGCAGAUGAGGGUGAGGAGACUCUCCAGCCUGCUGUCUCGGGAGUACGUGUGAACCGUCUUUGUGCUUCAGAGAAAUUGAGUUUGAGACAGUCUUGCAAGAUUCUCAGACUAAUUUCCAAAAGGAAACCAGACGCCAGCCUCCCACGGGUUUACUGUGCCUCUGGUAUCCAGGGUCUUCAGUUUCCCGUGCUGGGCUCUUUGGGGUUCACGUGUCAUGUUGCUUAUGACCCUAUCUGCGCAGCCGGCUCUGGAGUGACCGAGAGAACCUCAAAAAACGUCGCUGGAAAGGACUUUAAAACUCUUCCAUGCAGAUUCUCUCUCCUAGCUGCCCUACCCGAGAUCCCUUGCUUCAACCCUCCCCAGGUGGGGGAACCUAACCUCUGCCUGAAUGCUUCUGGAGACGGAAACGGAAACAGAAACGUAUUCCCUACAGGAAAUGAAGCUUCGCAGAGAAACUGCCGAAAGUUGCAUUAAAAAA